GAAACUCAAACGAGUCAAACGUCAGGCGUAGUCACCCGUGUAACGCCGCUAACUGCGGUAGUACCGUUAAACUUCUGGAAAAUGUUUUAUUUUCCAGCAAGAAAAUGUGCUUAUAUAGCUAAAAUCGGAAUAUUGUUUACAUUAGUGAUCGCUUUAAUAACUUUCUUCGAACAAUGGCGAGGCGGUAAACGGUCCGUGGACGCGACUUUUUCUGAUCCGAUUGAGGCUGAAUUUGAAAGACAAAUUUUGGAGGAUGAAGCCCGAAUUAUCCCAGGGUUGGGAGACGGGGGUGUUGCGGCAUACCUGACCGGGGAAGACAAGCGUCUUGGCGAAGAGUCUGAGAAGAAACUGGCCAUGAAUGUGCAUCUCAGUGAUAGGAUAGCGUAUAACCGUACUUUGAAAGAUUACCGUAACCCAGCUUGCCAGCGAGUGGUCUACGAUGCAGAGCUCCCCUCUGUGUCUGUCAUCCUGAUAUUCCACAAUGAGCCCUAUUCAGUCGUCAUAAGAACAAUAUGGAGUGUUAUUAACAGUGCCAGGAGAGAUCAACCAUGGUAUUCGAAAGCUAAUUUUGUUGAAAGAGGAACAGGCAGAACUAUGCAGUUGGGUUACCCGGGUCAAGACCCUACAUCAUCAUUAGUUUACUUAAAGGAGAUAAUCCUGGUCGACGAUAACUCAACUCUACCAGAGCUUAAAGGAAAGCUCAGUUACUACGUAAAGACCCGUCUGCCUCCUGACCUGAUAAGGAUUUUAAGAUUGCCAGAUCGUGUUGGUUUGACGAGAGCCCGUCUGGCGGGCGCGAGGUACGCCACAGCAGAUGCCCUGGUAUUUCUGGACGCUCACUGCGAGACUCAACGCGAUUGGCUCAGACCUUUGCUUCAGGAGUUGAAGGAGUCGCCCAGGGCAGUCCUGGUGCCCAUCAUAGACGUGAUAGAUGCUUCGAAUUUCUACUACAGCGUCCAGGACACGUACUCAUUUCAGGUGGGAGGUUUUACCUUCACUGGUCAUUUCACCUGGAUUGACGUUCCCGAACGCGAGAAGAAACGUCGCGGCUCAGACAUCGCGCCGACCUGGUCCCCAACAAUGGCAGGGGGUUUGUUUGCCAUCAACCGGGCUUACUUUUGGGAGCUGGGCGCCUACGAUGAACAGAUGGCUGGCUGGGGCGGUGAGAAUCUGGAGAUGUCGUUCAGGAUAUGGCAAUGCGGUGGAACACUAGAGACGGUUCCAUGCUCACGAGUCGGCCACGUCUUCAGGAGUUUCCAUCCCUACGGACUGCCCGCCCAAAGCGACACACACGGUAUAAACACGGCUAGGAUGGCGGAAGUUUGGAUGGAUGAAUACGCUGAGCUGUUCUACUUGCACCGACCGGACCUCAGGAACAACCCGAAGAUAGGCGACGUGACCCAUCGGAAGGUGCUGCGCGAGAAACUAAAGUGUAAAGACUUCCAGUGGUACCUGGACAACGUCUACGAGGACAAGUUCGUGCCGGUGCGCGACGUCUACGGCUUCGGGCGAUUCAAAAACCCCGCGUCCGGGUUCUGUUUGGACACGAUGCAGAGGGACGUAGAGGCGUCGUCUCUGGGCGUCUAUCCCUGUCACUCCACACUGCAGGCCACUCAGUAUCUGUCUCUUUCACUCCGCGGGGAACUCCGGGAUGAGGAGAAAUGCGCUCAGCUGCAAUAUACUAGAAGCGAGAAUGAUGUGAACGAUGACACCGCCAGGAGAGUGCUGAUGACCAGCUGCCACGGGAAACAAAGGGGCCAGAAAUGGAAAUACAUUCCGUCCACCAGUCAACUCCAGCACGUCGACUCGGGCUUGUGCCUGGACGCGGGCUUCGAGGUCGGAGCAGACGUCACGGCGAGGGCCUGCAGCGGGAAGGUCCAGCAACGUUGGCUGAUCGAUUACGCGGAGUACAACCAGUUCAAAGGGAAAAACGGUGAGACGAGUGAGAGAGACGAGAAGCUACGAAGAUUGAGGGGACAGAGGAGAAAAUCUCGCUCGCUGCUAUCUCACGAGGGGGACGCGCAGCAACGCUCCCACGAGCACCGCAGCAGGAAGAGGAAACAGAAGAGAAGGAAGAACAAGAGUAAAAAGAAACGCAAGCGCAAGGACAAGUUCAUACUGACGCUGCUGCGGAGCCGCCCCGGGGCGCCCGACGAGCACCUGGAGGCCGAGCUGUACUGCCGCCACGCGCGCCUGCACCCCAACAACAGCUUCGUCAGGGACCUCGUUGCCAUCCUCAACGAUAAGGAUGUCAAGGUGAUCAACAACGGGCGUCUGUUCGAGCGCGGCGGGGUCACCGUACUCCGGGACGCCGAAAUCAAGAAAAUGAAGAUCAAGAGUCAUGACGACAUCGAUGACGUCACGACCUCAAAACCUAGCCAUAAAAAGUUUAAGACAACGCCAUCGGUCAAACGCAUCCCCGCCGUGAACGUAGCGACGCUGGCGCCCCCCGCCCACCGCGGCAAGCAACUCAACAAGAAGAUUAUCAUUGAAGAGUUCGUGGCCGUCGCACCGGACGAGAAGACCAAGAAACUGAAGAAGCGUAAAAGAAAACACAGAAGACGCACCACGGUCCCCCCCGCCGCGUACGGAGAGGGGGAGGGAGUGCUCGACCAUAACACAGAGAGGAACGCACACGCGUCUGUAGAGCUGACGGACGCGCCACCCUCGUCCGCCGAGGACACCCCCAUGCUCAUGGGGGCCGAGCGGGGCGCCGACAGGAAGGUCAACGAGCUGCUCAGAGACGACAGCCGUGAGAACUGGGACGUGGGUGAGUCUCGCUUCCGGCGGAACAACUCGCAGACGCUGCUGCAGCCGCUGCGGAGGCUCACCACCGACGAGGGCGGCGCCGACAGCGGCGACGAGUCGUCGAAACAAGAUGACGUCACGCCUGAGCGGGAUGAGGACAGGAAACCGGUCAAGGUCGUGCUCCGCAGCAACCUGACCUUCAACAUCGGCGAUGAUUUCUUCCCGUGGAGACCGAGGGAAGAUGAGAAAGACGACACCGCCUCCACAAAAGAUGCGAAGGCACAACAGAUACAGCUGAUCAUAAAGCCUAACCCGGGAAUACUCGUAGACGACCAGAGGCCCGCCGCUGACGUCAGGAGUGACGUCACGAAAACGUCAAACAAGAGGAUUGACAAACACAAGGACCUGUCAAAUUAUGACAGGAGUCGCAUUAGACAUGUGUCAGGCGAUGGGAAUAUAGAUCAGCGUCAGGAAGACAGCUUCGAGGAUGAUAACGUGUUGAGGGGUGGCGGCAAGGCGAGCAGCACUACCGAUGAUAAGUCCGAUGGCUCGUCCAGUUCCUCUGAGAGUUGCGAUGAUUGAUUUAAUUCAAGCGUUGAAAUUAAAAAUUAAAAAAAUUGUUAUUAAAUUAUCAGUGGCUCAAAAUGAACUUUAUUGGGUUGGAUUUUAUAUAAAAAAAAACAAAUAACUAUGCAGUUGUUAAACGAAGCUCUGAUUUAGUAUAUUGUACAUAUAUGGUAUGGUCAAAUCCCACUAAAAUUAAAGUUGAACUAUAUUUUUUUAGAGCACACUUAUUUAUGUUUGUUUUCUUUCUCAUACGAAUGCAGUAUGUUUUAAAAUUAUUUUCGAUUUUAAUAACAAAUUAUUUUAUCACAUAAAAAAAAGUGCGUGCGUACAAAGUACACAUGUGAGAAGUGAAACUUUUUUGGCGAACUAAUUUAUAAAUCUUGCUUAUAUUUAUACAUAUCUAAAACUUUAGAUUUCCGAGACUUAGACGAAGGGAAAACGGAAGAUAUGUUCCCGCCAAAAGUCUGUCAAAUGUCAAUCUCAAACCUCAGUGUUGACAGUCACAUUAUGUUUAGAUUUCUAAAUUGUAAAUGACUAUUAUUUUGCCAAUUGAAUUGACUAAUUUAAUUUCAUGCUAUUUGAUGAAUGUUCCAAAUUCUUUUCAUUUCAUUUCAAUUCCUAUUAACAUUUUUCACAAAAAAAUUACACAAUAUUAGGCUGUAUGGUAUGAUACAUUUGCCUUUCUAGUUGGAAAAAUACAACAACUACUACUACUGACAUUUGACAAGUACUUAAUUUCAAUAGUAGUUUGACGUCAGUUCCGUUGCAUACCUGCGUGACGUUCUGUAAAAAUUUUACCCUCAUGCGCCUAAAGAAGUUUCACUUCAAAAUACAAUUUUUUCAUAUGAUAUACAAGUGGAAUUUGAUGUUAUACCCUCUAUAUUAUAUGUAUAUCAGAUAUAUUUAUUAGUACUUGUGUUUUCAAUUUUAUUUGAAUCUCUAUUUAAUGCUAUUUCAUCAUAAGAAAGGUCAUUCCCCCUUUAUAUGGGAGACAAGUGAAGAAAUUGUUGAAUUCCGUCCAUUUUUAUAAUUUUCUAUAAGUUACAAUGCAGUAUAUGUAAUCUGACUGGCGAAAUUAUAACCCCUGGGUGAAAUGUUUUUGAUAAGUUAUUUUGUCAUGUUUGUAUUUAGAAUUUGAAUGGUCAUUGUGGCUCAUGGACAACAGCUAAUCCAGGGCUGCAGAUAAUCAGCAGUACUCUGAGAUAUUUGAAGACAUGAGAGGAUGAAGGGGUUAAGUAUCAUUUUUAAUAUUUUUGAAUUUAAACAUUGAAGGUUUUAUGUGCCUAUAAACUAUAUUAAACCUUAAAACUCCGGGUUUAAAGGCUAUUUUUGAUGAGGGACUUAUGUAUGAAGAAAAAAUACCAGUAACAAAAGUAUGUUGCCCGUUUUCUCAAUAAUAACAAAUUGUAUCAUAUCCCUUUCAUCCACUCAUGUCUUCAAUUAUCUAUUAGAUCGCGUCCCUAUUCCUACAGUCCAGUUUCUACAAAUUUACUGACAUUCGCAAUUCUCUAGCCUUGAAAGCAUUAAAAUUGUCUGACGCCGACAAAGUCAAUUUGUAUAUGGCUAACUUAAAUGUAUAAAUUUUACGUAAUUCUAAAUUAAGAGGCGACCUACCAAAUUGUAUUAUAUCUAUAAAUAAUCUAGCUUUGUCUCUUUCCGUCGCGCUCUGAAGCUGAACGUAAGAGAAAGACAACGCGAUGCGUGACGUCACACCGACUGAGGCCGCGCGCGUGUCAUUCUAAUGUCAACCUUAAAGACAAGAUAUUUUAGUAAUAAAUUAAUUGUAAUGUAAAUUAAAACGAUGUUUAUGUACUGAGGAGAAAUAAAUCUCAUCGUCCGUGCGUCAAUUAUAUGAAUUGUUAAAAUUUUAUGUAGGUACUAGUUAUAAAAAAGUCGCUUAGUUGCGACACAAUAUAUUUUUCUAAGACUG